UAGGCAAACCAAAUCCUAAGCAUAGUCAGUCCUUCCUCCUCUUUAAUUUCAUGCAUCUUGCAGAGCUACUAUAUAUCCCCGCACCCUCCAUAUCUGGCGGCUCCUCAGCAAGAUCGAUCGACGACUCGCCGUCGUACGUGUAGAACAGGCCGCCGGGAUCGAGGGAGAAGAGAUGGCGGAGCACCGCUCGCGGUGGCGGACCUCCGGCGCUCGUCGCCUGCGACUCUCCUGCGCGCUUGUGGCUUUCCUUAGCUUCGUGGCUGCAGGGCCGUUCGUGCUCGCCGAGGGCAUCGUCUUCCACGUGGCCAACCGGUGCCCGUUCCCGGUGUGGCCGGCGUCGGCGCCCAACACGGGGCACCCGGUCCUCGCCGGCGGCGGCUUCCUCGUGCCGCCGGGCAAGUCGAGGCGCGUCGUCGCGCCGGCCACCUGGAACGGCCGCUUCUGGGCCCGCACCGGCUGCAACUUCACCGCGAACGGCGCCGCCGCCGCGUGCCUGACCGGCGACUGCGAGGGCCGGCUGGCCUGCAACGGGUCCGUGGGCGCCCCGCCCGCCACGCUCGUCGAGGUGAGCAUGCACGAGGACCCCGGCAAGGGGAGCUCCUACGACGUGAGCCUGGUGGACGGGUACAACCUCCCCGUGUCCGUGUCCGCCACGGGCGCCGCCGACCCCAGCAGGUGCGCCAUCGCCGGGUGCGCCAGGGACGUGAACGCGGCGUGCCCGCCGGAGCUGCAGGUCACCGCCGGCAGCGGCGGCGCCAAGGUGGCGGUGGUGGCGUGCAAGAGCGCGUGCCUGGCGUUCGGGCUGGACGCCUUCUGCUGCCGCGGCGCGUACGCGACGCCCGCGGCGUGCCGCGGCAGCGUGUACUCGCGGCUGUUCAAGGACGCGUGCCCGGCCUACUACAGCUACGCGUACGACACCACCGCCGCGACGGCGAGCGGGUGCCGCGCCCGGGAGUACGUCAUCACCUUCUGCCCCGGCAAGUGGGGCGGCGAGCUCGACGGCGCCGCCGCCGCCCAGAUCUGAUGCCGAACAUCUCUGUCGCCAACCGACCUUUAUGCACACGCCCUAUGUGCAUGUUUCUCACUCCCAUGUAUGUACUAUGUACUACUACAAAUAUAUUAUAUAUAACUAUAAUAAAAGUGAAAUGAAAAAUCAAAAUUUGAGAA